AUAGUAGGUUGUGUGCAAGGCCUAGAAAGUGUUAGGUGUUUUCUGCGUUUACUCGUGUGUCCGUCGGGCUCUCUGCGUUUUGUGUUGCCGGUGAUUGUCGCAUCGUUGUGCCCAGCUGUAGGUUCGCCCGAGACAUCAUCAAGCGCAGUGCGGGCCUUGUUAUGUCGAGUGAGUGAGUAAUGCUGUGCUGUGUUUCGUCUGCUGUGCAAUUUUGUGAAAAUAGUCAACCGAUCUCCCGCGGCAAAUUGAAGGAGGCGGCGCACGUCUAUUCGCAGCCGUGAGGGAAGCCAAAAAAGUCGCCUCGCCCCAUUCCUAGUGUGCAUUGAUAAGCGGGUUGUGUUUGUGUGGCGUCGUUUAUGUUACCGAUAUUUUCUGGUGGUGCGCUAGUGUUGUGAGUACAGCUGCUGCUGCUGCCGUUAUUGUUUCGUCCCCACACGCUGCUGCCGUCGUCCGGUUUAUCGGCCCAUGUGGCGCAGCUAAUCGCCCAUCAGGAGCCUACGCGGAAUAAAGUGUCGUGCCGUGCCGGUCGUUGAUCGCCACGUGAACCAGCAACGAAGAGGAUAGUUGUGCGCGGCCCCCCCCACCCCCCACAACGGGACACGGUGUCCUUUCCGUUGCGUUUGUGUUUCUCUUUUCACUUGUUGGCCCGCCGGCAAAGGUGCUUUUGGGGCACACAGAUCGUCUCGUUCGGCAGAAUGGAAGCCGUUGCCAAGCACGAUUUUAACGCCACAGCCGAUGAUGAGCUGAGCUUUAGGAAAAGUCAGGUUUUAAAGAUUUUAAACAUGGAAGAUGACAUGAACUGGUACCGGGCGGAGCUGGACGGCAAGGAAGGACUGAUACCUAGCAAUUACAUAGAAAUGAAAAAUCACGACUGGUACUACGGACGGAUUACACGAGCGGACGCUGAGAAGCUACUGUCGAACAAACACGAGGGCGCCUUCCUGAUACGGAUCAGUGAGUCGAGCCCGGGCGACUUCAGCCUAUCGGUCAAGUGCUCGGACGGUGUGCAGCACUUCAAGGUGCUGCGCGACGCACAGGGCAAGUUCUUCCUCUGGGUGGUAAAGUUCAACUCGCUGAACGAACUGGUCGACUACCACCGGACCGCUAGUGUGUCUCGAUCGCAGGACGUUAAACUGCGCGAUAUGGUGCCAGAAGAGAUGUUGGUGCAGGCUUUGUACGACUUCGUAGCGCAAGAAUCGGGUGAGCUGGACUUCCGACGAGGCGACGUCAUCACGGUGACAGAUCGUUCGGACGAGCACUGGUGGAACGGCGAGAUCGGCAACCGGAAAGGACUGUUCCCAGCAAUAUACGUAGCACCGUACCAUUCAUAAAACAUAAGUAUUUUACUCGCACAUUUACAUGGAUGCAUACGCGGAGACAGAGAGACAGAGCGAGAGCGAGAGCGAGAAAGAGAGAGAGAGCGAAAGGGGGAGAUCGCGAACCCGAAACACAGCAACACAAACACGCAUACACACCAGAGGCGGGCGCUGCGCGAGCGCCCAGGAACCGGUGUGUGCUCGUAGCCGUCACUUCCAGAAACACCGCCAUCCAUCACCUUCACCACCACCACGUCUAAAGGGCACUGGCCACUCUCUAGGAAUGAACGUAGCCGUGUACUAGCCACCCUGCGAUCGAUCGAUACACGAUCCUGGUGUGCCGAUCGUACAACAACGCGCGGUAUAGCUAUAGACGAACAAUGUAAUCAGAGCAUGUUACGAUGGCCGGCCGCCCCGCCGCCGCGUCUAGCACGUAGUGUGUGCUUGUUACAGGAACUAGGCACACACAGAAACUAGGACGCGCGUACAUACGCCGCAGGCCAGACAGGCCGCGAAAACAAGUGUGCAGCAUAUUAUAAAUAUUAUAUAUUUUUUAAAUGUGUAAAAAGCGAGAAGGGCCAGCAAGUAAUAAACCCACAACAACAACCCGGGCGGCACUCGAACUGGUGACAGCGGGGAGAGGGUUGCGUGCAGACCAGGCGUGGCAGAUGAUCUGGAGGGGUUGGCAAAGACGGGGAAGGCAUUAAGUUAUUCGCGCGAUCAGUCGCGCACGCGCCGCCGGGAGAAGCGAGAUCACUGCGGCCAACUGCUGACGACUAGGAGACAGUUUUCUAAUCCUCUUUUUAAUGCUUUUCCGAACAUUUUAAAACACCUUCCCUUGGGUCGUUCUAUUUAAACAUGGUGCCGCAUUUAUUGUGCCCUGGUCCCGUUGGUCCCUCCUCUGUGUGUGCUUAUCCAGGACCAACUGAUUUACCGAUCUUCCUCUGUCCCAACAAGCGGUUUCCA